CUUAACAAAGGGGGCAGGUAAGACCAAGAGGCAAUCAGCAGCACCAAGCCACCAAGACAAGAGAUGGCAGGGCUCGCCGCGGCGGCGCCCGCAGCUCCGGCGCCGUUCUUCUUGCAGCCCUCGCUGGCGGCCUCGCGCUUCAGCCCUGUUGCAGGACCUACUGCCAGUUUUAGAACGAAAGUUUGUGGACUGAGAUGUUGGAUUGCUGCAAAGCUGAAGCUCCGGAAGGCAUUGAAAAGUCAUGGAUGGCAACUUCAAAGAAAGCUAGAUGCUCGAGGGGAUGAUAAAAGUCCUGAUUACUUGGAGGUUUCAUCUCUGACUGAAAAGCUAACUCAUUGGAGCGUGCAUCUUGCUUAUGAUUCUGGAGGUGAAAUGGCCAGUACAAGCUCUGAUACUUUGGAUAGUUCAACCGUUCAGAAAAAUUCAAUGCAUCUGGGACUCAACCCCUCUGAAACGCAUCCUCCUGUGCGAAAGGAAGAGUCUGCUCUGUUUGAUGGCCACUCCGACAGUGAACCAUCUCUUUGCAUUUCUGUUAUUGGAGCUACCGGUGAGCUGGCAAGAAAUAAAAUCUUCCCAGCUCUAUUUGCUCUGUAUUACAGUGGUUUUCUUCCUCAGAAUGUUGGUAUAUUUGGGUAUUCUAGGAAGAAAUUAACAGACGAAGGGUUAAGAGCUAUGAUUGAAGCCAAUUUGACCUGCCGGGUUGAUCACCACGAAAACUGUGAUGGCAAGUUAAAUGAGUUCCUUAAAAGGACAUAUUAUAUAGAUGCCGGACAUGACAACAAAGAUGGGAUGAUGAGAUUAAAUUCCAGGAUGGCACAUAUAGAGGGUACUCAUGCAGCAAACAGGAUAUUCUACCUUGCUGUUCCCCAAGAGGCACUUCUUGAUGUAGCAUUGUCACUAGCUGACCGUGCCCAAACGAAGAAAGGCUGGAAUAGGAUAAUUAUUGAGAAACCAUUUGGCUUUACCGGUUUGUCCUCACACCGGGUAACACAAUCUCUGCUGUCAAGAUUCGAGGAGAAGCAAAUUUACAGAAUUGAUCACCUUUUAGGGAAGGAUCUGAUUGAAAAUCUAACUGUCUUGAGAUUUUCUAAUUUGGUGUUCGAACCUUUGUGGAGUCGGACUUACAUACGGAAUGUGCAGGUCAUUUUUUCUGAAGAAACAGCAACUGAAAUACAAGGGAGAUACUUUGGAAAUUAUGGGAUAAUCCGUGACAUAGUGCACAGUCACAUUCUUCAAACAAUAGCGCUAUUUGCUAUGGAACCUCCUGUAAGUCUUGAAGGAGAGGAUAUCCGAGAUGAAAAGGUGAAGGUGCUCAGGUCAAUUCGGAAAGUGGACCUUGAGGAUUUUGUUCUUGGUCAACUCAAGGACACCUCCGGUAAAGUUGACAGAUAUACAAAGUCCAUGACACCAACCUAUUUUGCUGCUGCUAUGUACAUUGACAAUGCACGCUGGGAUGGGGUACCAUUUUUGAUCAGGACAGGCAUGGGGCUUAUGAAGAAUAGAGCUGAGAUUCGAAUUCAAUUUCGCCAUGUCCCUGGUAAUAUCUACCGUGAACGCUUUGGCCAUGACAUAGAUCUUGACACAAACGAGCUGGUUUUACGUGAUCAACCUGAAGAAGCCAUUCUGUUGAAAGUUAACAAUAAAGUCCCAGGACUUGGGCUCCAACUGGAUGCUUCAGAGCUCAACCUACUUUACAGGGACAAGUACAAGGUUGAGGUACCAGAUUCGUAUGAGCAUCUUCUUCUGGAUGUGCUAGAUGGAGACAGUCAUCUUUUCAUGCGCAGUGAUGAAUUAGCUGCUGCAUGGAACGUUUUAACUCCAAUAAUCGACGAGAUCGAUCAAAACAGAGUAGCUCCUGAGCUCUACGAGGUUGGGGAUAAAGGACCUAUCAAUGCUUACUAUCUUGCUGCUAAACAUGGGGUACGAUGGGAUGAUGACUGGUGAGUUGAUACCCGGCACAACUGCUCAAUGUGUGAGAUUCACUUCCAUUUUUGUUUUAUCGCGUUGAAUGAUGUGUAACAAGGCUUGAUCUAUACAUUUUUAGGAGAUUCAAAAAUGGUUUCUUUCCUA